UUUUCAUAACGUGCAUCAUAAACUUUAGUUUUAUUUAUUAUAUGUGUUCCGUUCACAAUUUGAUUCCUUUGCAUAUAACUAUUUUUUCUUAAUUAUUUUAAAAUGCAAUUAAACAAAAUUUGUAGAACUUGCUUAAAUAUGUGUGCAGAAAUGCAUUCAAUUUUCAAAUCAGAUCAAAAAGAGGUUGAAGCACAAGAAGGGAACAAAUUAAAUUUAGCUGAAAUUAUUACUUAUUGUGCCAUGAUAGAGCUAAGGGAAAAUGAUGGACUUCCACAUUUAAUUUGCAUAGAUUGUGUUAAAAAUGCUAAUAUAGCAUUCACCUUUAAACAGCGAUGCGAAAGUUCUGAGAAAAAACUCCGCAGCUAUUUAGAACCUGCAUCUCCAGAUGAUACAAAUGUUAAGACUGAAUAUACUUAUGAUUUUGCUGAUGAAUGUGCAACAGAUUUGGAUCUUAAGCCACCCCCUGAAACUGCAGAAGUUACACCAAACUCUGUACCAAAAACCAAAACUAAUAUUGGUAAAUCUAGGAAAAAUAAUAACAGCCCUACGAGGCAAAAUAUAUCAGAUGAAACGGAGCAACCCUUAUAUCCUUGUGAAGACUGUGUAUUAUGUUUUACAGAAUUACAGGAUCUCAAAAGACAUGUAAAGAAUGAACAUUCCAAGAAAAAGCCUGUAUCAUAUGUUUGCAAAGAAUGUAAUCAAACGUUCUCACAUGCACAAACACUAUCCAGGCAUUCCAAAAUACAUCAAGAACAUCAAAAAAAUAAACUGUGCACUUUCUGUGGAAAAUGCUUUUUAAGAUCAGAUGAUUUGAAAAGGCAUACUAGAAUCCAUACUGGAGAACGUCCUUAUGCAUGUGAUCAGUGUCCAAAAAGUUACAAACAAAAUUCUGAAUUAAAAGAACAUUUGAAAUCACAUUCCUCAAAUAAACACUAUGUGUGUUCUAUUUGUGGAAAAGGCUUGGCUACAAGAAAUGGAUUAUAUGUUCAUAUGAAAGCUCAUAGAGGUGAAAAAAAUCAUGAAUGUAAAAUUUGUGGAAACAAAUAUAUAACAACAGGUGAACUCUCGUCUCAUAUGAGUCAUAUACAUUCUCAAGAAAAGAAGUUUUCUUGUACUUUCAAAGAUUGUACUAGGGCGUUUGUUACUAAAUUAUCAUUAGAAACUCAUAUGAGAGCACAUCGAGGGGAGAAGCUGUUUAAAUGCACAAUAUGUGAUAAAGCAUUAGCAACAGCUUCAAGUCUUCACGAGCAUAAAAGGACUCAUUCUGGAAUCAAGCCAAAACAGUGUACUUUAUGUUUUCGUCGUUUGGGUAAUUCACAAGCUUUAAAAAAACAUAUGAGAAUUCAUACAGGAGAAAGACCUUACCAAUGUAAGAUAUGCCUUGAUAAAUUUAUAUGUGGUAGUAGCCUGAACGCACAUAUGAAAAUAAAGCAUAUGGAAAAAGAACAUGAAUGUACAGUUUGCCAUAAAAUGUUUGCAUUAGGAACAAGGCUUAGACAGCAUAUGAAACUACAUAGUAGUGACAAAACAUUUAUAUGCAGUAUUUGCAAUAUUGGGUUUGAUGAAAAUGUAAAAUUAUUUGAACAUAUGAAAUCACAUGAAGAACAAGAUCAGAGUUUUAAGACUAUUGAAAUACCAACACAAUUACCUCAAAUGACAGUAUCACAAAUCACAAUGCACGCAAAUUACUUAUAAUAGAUAUUGAAAGAUUCAUACUCGGUUAUUUUUAAAUUGUAUAAACUGUAUAUUAUAUCAAAUAUGUAUU